GGGAAAGUGGUAAUGUUGGGGAGGGAGUGUCCCGUCCGCACGCACAGACAGCAGGGAGCAGCUGCAGCAAGAGGACCUCUGGUAACAUUCCACUGUAUUGCUGAAAGUGACAUACUUUUAUUUAAAACUUUAACAAUUCUAGAAUAGCAUUGUAUCAACGACAGCUAAAAUGGUAGAUCGCGAGCAACUGGUGCAGAAAGCCAGGCUGGCCGAACAGGCUGAGAGAUAUGAUGAUAUGGCAGCAGCCAUGAAGUCGGUGACAGAGUUAAACGAGGCCUUAUCCAAUGAGGAGAGGAACCUGCUCUCUGUGGCCUAUAAGAACGUGGUGGGGGCACGGCGCUCGUCCUGGCGCGUCAUCUCCAGCAUCGAGCAGAAGACCUCGGUGGACGGCUACGAGAAGAAGGUUGAGAUGGUGCGUGGGUACCGCGAGAAGAUUGAGAAGGAACUGGAGACCGUGUGCCAGGACGUGCUCAACCUCCUGGACAACUUCCUGAUCAAGAACUGCAACGACACGCAGCACGAGAGCAAAGUGUUUUACCUGAAGAUGAAGGGCGACUACUACCGCUACCUGGCUGAGGUGGCCACUGGCGAGAAGAGGGCCGGUGUGGUGGAGUCCUCUGAGAAGUCCUACAGCGAGGCCCAUGAGAUUAGCAAGGAGCACAUGCAGCCCACCCACCCUAUCCGUCUGGGUCUGGCUCUCAACUACUCCGUGUUUUACUACGAGAUCCAGAAUGCACCUGAGCAGGCCUGCCACCUGGCCAAGACCGCCUUCGAUGACGCCAUCGCUGAGCUAGACACCCUGAAUGAGGACUCCUACAAAGACUCUACCCUCAUCAUGCAGCUGCUACGAGACAACUUGACACUGUGGACGAGCGACCAGCAAGACGACGAGGGUGGAGAGACCAAUAACUAGAGAGCCCCUAAAAAGACCCCCGUGUCCUGUAUCAGCCAAUACACACAACACGCUCACGCACUCAAAUGACAACAAACAAAAAUAAAACAGUUCUUAGAAAUGUUAAAAUGUUGGCUGGUGGAACUUUGGUAGCCACAGAUGAUGAUACGAUCAGUUCUUUAUUUUUCCCAACGAAUGUAAAAAGUGAAGAAACUAUUUAAUUAAAAAGAGUAGGAGGGGAGAUGAGUUUAGUUUCUAGUAUAGUUUAAAAAAAAGAUAUAAUAAUAGAUAAACCCCUUCCUUCUUGAUUGCCUCUGCAACUUUUGUCAAAACACCACUUGAGAAUGAAGAAGGUCUGCGGUCAGUGAGUCAGUCAGUCAGUCAGCCAGUCAGUCAGUCAGUCAGUCAGUCAGUCAGUCAGUCAGUCAGUCAGUCAGUCAGCCAGUGAGUCAGCCAGUCAGUCAGUCAGUCAGCCAGUGAGUCAGUCAGUCAGUCAGUCAGUCAGCCAGUCAGUCAGUCAGCCAGUCAGUCAGUGAGUCAGUCAGUCAGUCAGUCAGUCAGCCAGUCAGUCAGUCAGCCAGUCAGUCAGUGAGUCAGUCAGUCAGUGAGUCAGUCAGUCAGUCAGUCAGUCAGUCAGCCAGUCAGUCAGCCAGUGAGUAGAGUGUGGUUGUUGGGUUAGAGACGACACCCUCACACUGGCAUGGAGACUGGCACGUUGUUAUGUUGUUAGCUACAUGAAGUGGAGCUGCUUAUUUAACUUCUGUGGUAAGGGAGGAGGAACGUUCAAAAUUGUAAGGGGAGAUCGAAGCUUGUGCAAAAAUAAAAUUAAUAUAUAGAAUAUUUAAAAAAAAAAUACAAAAAACUUCAUCACCUCGUAAAAAAAUAAAGAAUUGCAAAUAGUUUCCGGAGAGAGUGAAAGAGGUAUCGUACCUCUAGCUAGACACCUCAGACUUACCAACAUUGAAUCUAAAAAGUAUGCCUCACCCUGUAAUCGUAAUUGUUGAGUGAAGCCAGGUAUUCUCUGUGGUUAUUGAACACACAUAACCCAAUGUUUUGUUCCCAUGAUGUCAGCAAUUGGUUUGGACCCAGUCAUCCAGACUAGAGUACUGUAACGAAAGCAGGAGUAGAGGAAACACAGAGACAGUACAGCCCUCUCAUGCACUGAUAUGAUAUACAGACAUAAACAUCUUCAAGCACAUGGCUACUAUUAUUAUUACUAUUAUUAUUACUAUUAUUAUUACUCACCCCUUACCGAGGUUGUCAUGGGUGCCAUAUUAUUAGAAUAUCAAAAUAUGCUAAUACAAUGAAAAUGAAAACGCUAAAACUACCAAAAUAAAUGAUAUCGUAGAGGAGAUCAUUUGAUAUUGUAAGGCAACAGAAUAUGCCCUAAAUUAAGGUACAUUUAUGUUUACAACAAUUACUUAUUGUAGAUCUCUGAAAUGACACACAGUUGACUGGAACCACACGCUCACCGAUACACCUUUUUUGGACAGAGCACUGGCCAAUAUAUAAAAACAUUUUGUUUUUGUGUUAACCUUUUUAAUUGUCAAAAAAAUGCACUUGCCUAUCAUAUUGUUCCUCGAGUGUAAAACGAUAACCACUCCAAUAUUCUCCAUAAUAUAAUAUUGUGCAUGCUGGUGAUGUAUUUACAUACAGUAACUUGCCUGCAUUGUCAUUAACCUAUACUGUAGACAUGAAGUAUUCAUAUGAACAUGAAAUGACUAGAUUUCAAUCUGAUUUAUUUUCUAUUUAUACUUUAUAUUGGAUUGUUGAACAUUUAUUUUUAAUCUUUGUUUUCUUUACUCCAUUCGCUGGAAGUACACUAUACCAAAAAACAGUGAUUGUUAACAUUAAAUUAAUCUGUAAUGGACA